GUUAAAGUAAAUGCUAUUCUAUGGGGUAGAGAUGUAAAUUGACAUUGAAUGGGGAGAGAGAAAGAGCGAGAGAUCCUACGGCUCUGCUAAGCCUCGCUCGACUCCAUCACUUUUAUCGCUUCUCUUUUUCUCCGCUUUUUCCCCCUUCUUGCCUGUACUCUAAGCUCGGCUCCGAUCCGGCUAAGAUCCAGCUCCCACCAUUUUCUCUCCUGUUCGAUCUCCCUCCUUUCUGCUUUGCACACCUACACAGACUGACAGACUUACAGUCAGUAUGCAGCUUUGCCUUUUGAAACAGAGUUAGAUGUAGGACAUUCAAAUCUCUCAUGUUUUGAUUUUGCUGAUUGAAGUUUGUUGAGGUCGAGAGUGAAGCCCCCAAAAAAGUUGUUGGCGCUUUCUUGACUUUUCAUGCAGUUUGGGGCAGGUGUAGUUGGUGAGAAAUCUGGAGUCUUGAUGGAUUGGAACGUAAGCACUGCAUACAAAAAUUUAAAAGAUAUGGAACCAAAAUCUGUGAUGGAUGUGGCACUCAUUCCAAACAUGGAUCCAAUAGAUAAUCGUAAGUGCAAAUUUUGUGGACAAAUCUAUUCAAUUUCUACAGCCACAGGCAAUUUGGGGAGACACCUCAGCAACCGUCAUCCAGGGUAUGAUAAGUUAGAUGAUAGCAUCUCCACCCCAGGCUCACAAGCAAUAAUUGUCAUCAAGAAGCCUCAAAUCCAACCCAAAACAUCUCACAUUGAACCCGAACAUCUCAACUGGCUCCUCAUAAAAUGGCUCAUUUUAGCGUCUUUGCCACCUUCCACAUUCGAAGAAAAAUGGCUAUCCAACUCCUUUAAAUUCCUCAGUCCACCUGUCCAAAUCUGGCCCACUGAAAAAUUCCAAGCAGUACUCCACGAAGUUUUCAGAAGCAUGCGCGACGACAUACGGUGCAUGUUAGAAAACGUUUCCUCAAAAGUAUCAAUAACCCUAGAUUUUUGGACAUCGUAUCAACAAAUUUUUUACAUGAGUGUUACUUGUCAAUGGAUUGACGAGUCUUGGUCCUUCCGAAAAUUUCUUCUUGAUAUAUCUCGGGUUCCUUCGCCUUGUGGAAGUGCAGAGAUAUAUCACACGCUAAUCAAAGUGUUGAAGUUUUAUAACUUAGAAACUAGGGUUCUUUCGUGUACUCAUGAUAAUAGUACGAAUGCUGUUCUUGCAUGUCAUACUCUUAAAGAGGACCUUGAUAGCCAAAAAGCCAACCCCUUUUGCUACGUUCCUUGUGCUGCUCGUACUUUGAAUUCAAUUAUAGAUGACAGUUUGCGAUCGACCAAAUUAGUGAUUUCAAAGAUCCGGGAGUUUGCAUUGGAGAUGAAUUCAUCGUCUGAGAUGAUGGAGGAAUUUAUUCAGUUUACAACAACUUAUCAAGAAGGGAAUUGGAAGUUUCCACUUGAUGUUUCUUCGCGAUGGAGUGGCACCUACCAAAUGCUUGAUAUUGUUCGUAAGGCAGGUAGAUCUAUGGAAACUUUAAUUCGAAAGUAUGAAGAAACACAUGGUCGAUUACUGUUAAAUUCAGCCGAGAAAAACGCAAUCAAUAUCAUGCAUUCAUAUCUCGAGCCUUUCUACAAGACCACAAACGACAUAUGCACGAAUCGCCUACCAACUCUCGGACUCGUUCUCUUCUUCAUGGACCACAUCUCCGAGACCAUAACCGCCUGCCGAGAGUCCCGCCACACCCCCGAUUGGCUGAAAAACGCGGCGGUUGACAUGGCGGGAAAAGUCCGAAGCUACAACGAUCAAGUCUCGAAUAUUUUCACAUACAUGACCGCGAUUCUCGAUCCCCGAAUCAAAAUCGAACUCAUUCCCGAAAGUCUUAAUUUAGAAAACUAUCUCGAAGAAGCAAGGAGCCAUUUCGUGAGAAAUUACUCAACUACCCAUUUCGCGUCUGUCACAAUGACGUAUGGGAGUACUCAAGAAUCGGAGGAUGGAGGAGGGGUAAAUGUGUCUUUUGCGGAGGAAAUUGCACGGAAAAGACGGAGGGCGAGUAUGGGGACGGCGACGGAUGAAUUGACACAGUAUUUGUCGGAACCGCCGGCUCCGAUUCCGAUCGAUGUGUUGGAAUGGUGGAAGGUGAACAGCGGUCGGUAUCCGCGGUUGUCGGUGAUGGCACGUGAUUUCUUGGCGGUGCAGGCGGCGGCGGUGGUGCCAGAGGAUUUGUUUUGUAGUAAAGGGGAUGAGGUGGAGAGGCAAAAGGAGUCGCUUCCGUAUUCGAGUAUGCAAGCGAUUCUUUGUGUUAGGUCGUGGACGGAAAGUGGGAUGAAGUUGAAAUAUAAGUCGACGGAGAUUGAUUAUGAGAGGUUGAUGGAGUUGGUAGAGAAUGGGGGUGGUGGUUUUGAGAAGAAACAGAAAUGAGAUUAAUGGAAGGAAGGGGUAGGAUUGUAAUUUGGAGAGGGAUUUGAGUUUGUUUGUGUGUUGGUGUAUAUUUAGGUCUUGUAGUUUGUUGAUGUACAGAUUACAGUGGAUAAUGAUUCUAAC